UGUUGGUUUCACAGUCAAAUGGUCACAGCAGGGUGUUAUUGAAAGUUCAGGUAAAACCCAUCGUUUCAAAAUGAUGUUCUUUACGCAACUAUUUACAUCCAGUCGGGGACCUUUAGCCAAAAUCUGGCUAGCUGCUCACUGGGAGAAGAAGCUGACUAAGACGCAGGUGUUUGAAUGCAACUUGGAAACAACCAUCAGAGAUAUCCUUUCCCCUAAGAUGGCAAUUAAUUUGAGGACUUUUGGACAUCUGCUCUUUGGUGUGGUCAGAAUCUACUCCAGGAAAACAAAGUACCUCUUCGCUGACUGCAACAAUGCCCUGGCCAAUAUAAAAAUUGCGUUUAGACCAGGUCAAACUGAUAUGCCUGUGGAAGGACUCGAGUCAACACUGAGAGCGAUCACUCUGGUUGAAGACUUUUCUGCCUUUGAUGCUGAGCUCCCACUUCCAUGUGACAUUGACGUUAUGGACCACUUGUCACUGAACCAGAGCCGAUCAGAGGAAAUUACUAUGAAAGAUGAUUUGGGGCAUCAGUAUUUGAACCUCCACGACAUCAAUAACUCUCAGAGCCAAGCAAAUACACUGCUGGACACAAGCUUAGACAACUUUGAGCCACAGAGAGAUGGAUUUGGAGAUGAGGAGAAUGGAUACGAUCUACUUGACUUCCUGGCAAACUCCAGUGACCAGGCUGAGUUCACAAACUUCAUCCUGGAAGGGCCGCAACUAGAAAACCAGGAGAUCUUGACAGGAAGUGCUGAUAAUCACGAAAUGGAUGUUGACAGCAGAGAUCCAGAGGUUACAAAAACUCCUAGAAUAAAUGGGACCACACUAGUUACCAAUAAUGAAAGUAUUUUCCUUUUAGAACCUGUGCCCAUCACACCAAGCUCAGAAAGGAAGCUGGGGAAGAGGAGACGUAGGUUGGUGGUGGACCAGGCUAAGGAGCUGAGCGACCACUAUAUCAAGGAGCAGCUCUCAGAUUAUUCUGAUAUGAUUGCUUCGUUUGACAUGGCUCCAUCGACUGUGCGGAUCAUGCAGUGGAUGGAGGACAGAGGCACCAACAAACUCUUCUUAACGCCAUGUUCCACUGUGGCAAGUCCUCAGAUACACGAGCUGUUUGCCAAAAGUGUCUUUCAGUUGAAACAUUACAGCUUUACGGAGGAGGUUGAACAAAUACGACAAGAGGAACAAGAAGCUCAGAGGGACCUCAGCUCCAUCACCACAGACAGUGUUGUAGAUUCAUCUGUGGGCGCUGAAAAAACCAUCAACACUGAGCUUACGGCCCCUGACCUGAUGAAUGGGAGCCUGGAGGUCCCAGAAGGUGAAACAAUGGAGUUCUCACAUCCAGAGUUGCCAUCAGAGGACUCCAUGUUCGUCCAUCCCUCUGAUGCAGAGCAAUCCACUCAGUCAACUUCUCUCCACACUCAGUCUCUGUUGAGCGGCAAGGACAGGGAGGAGAGGGAAACAACCAGGAAAACACAGAGACUUCUAAAAGAUCUAAAGCAGAGGGAGACCUUUGGAGACCCUAGGUUCAGCAUUAAGUCGCUCUGUGAGGGAAGCAAUCGAUGGCAGGCUGCAAGCACUUUCUUCUGCCUCCUGGCGCUGAAAAAGCAACAAAUCGUCCAGCUGCACCAAAGCGCCCCCUACCAGGACAUCUCUGUGACUCCUGGCCCCAAAUACUACACUUAGAAAAGGAUUCAAGUUCCUC